CACAAGGGCGAAUAACAAACGUCACUUCCGCCUCGCUUCAGCUCGUGCCGAGCGGCGCGCUCCGGUUAGCAUUAACGCUAAUGCAAAGAGAAGCAAACGUUAAGUCUGUCAAGCGGUGAAAAACGAAUUUCGAUAAUUAAUCCUCGCUUUACAAUUGAACAGAGCCAUUAAUUUAUCGAUCCAAAGUGGAGUUGUUGUUUUUUUCUUUUAAGAAAAAUCUACUCCGUUCGUCUAAAUAAAUUUUAAAUUGACAACUUUUAAACAACUUACGCCGGUGACGUAGUAUACUCAGGACAAGAUUUUCAGUCUAGUGUACAUUUGUGAAUAAAAACACGCGUGCCGUUGGAAAAAAAAUCCACCACAAUAGCCGAUAUUUCUUAACUCCGUGAAAUAAAACUUUGAUUUACUUGCUCAUUAAAAAUCGUCAAAUUCACACGGAAGUCUUGUGUUGUGACGCUGCCUUCCGAGGCGGAACCAAUAUUCCACGUUGCGGUUUUACCCGGAUCACUUACGUCGUCCACCAACAUGGCCACCUCCGCGCGCACUGUAUGGAAAGUUGUAGUCUGCUGUCAGAGGCAGCUUCUGAAUGGCGGCGCUCCCACCUACACAGCCUUUCCCUCCUGCAGCAUCCCCGCCAGGACGUUUGCUGCGGCUGCCGCCAUCAAGACACGAAAAAAGCCGAAGAAGGAGGACGCAGAGCCAGAGGUGAAGAAAGAGCCGAGAGUCAUCGAUGAUAAAGACCGACACAAACCUUUUGGGAAGACGGCGUGGGCGCCGGUGGACGACGUCUACAUCCUAAGGUACUACCCGAGAACCGUGUACAGCGCCGCAGACGCCGUAGACCUCUUGAAGAGCUACCAGGUGUUGGACUUCACCCCCCAUAAUCAGCCUGUCUACAUGGAUCUGAAGCUGGACAUGAAGCUGGAGAAGAAGAAAAAAAUCGACCCUUUUGUGAGCACGGUGCAACUUCCACACCCAUUUAAGACCGAUGUGAACAAAGUUGUAGUGUUUACUGAGGAUGCUAAUCAAGCUAAAGUGGCUAAGGAAGGCGGAGCCUCUUUUGUGGGAGGGGCGGAGCUCAUUCAGCCGAUUUUAGAUGACGAGAUUGUCGCCGACUUCUACGUCGCCGUACCCGAAAUGCUGUCCAAGCUCACGCCGCUCAAAAACAAGUUGAGGAAGAAGUUCCCAAAGAGCAACAGAGGCUCCGUCGGCGUCAACGUUUCCAAAAUGCUGGAGCUCUUCAAGAAGGGCCACGAGUACGCGGUGGAGAGCGAGUGCUACGUCAGGACGCAGAUCGCCACGUUGGACCUUCCCAAAGAACACAUCCUCGCCAACCUGCAGACCAUUCUCACCGACGUGUGCUCACAUCGGCCUGCCGACGCGGGCCCCCUUGUCAAGCGUGCCAUCAUCACCAGUCGCACCAGUGAGGCUCUGUGGUUCAACAGCGACGACCUUCUUCCCAAAACGGCUCAGGAAUAAUCGCCGUUUUGUGUAUUUAUUGUACUUAGUAAUAAAGUUUUUUUUUUUUGUUA